AUGGACUUCGUCAUGAAGCAAGCGCUGGGCGGGGCCACCAAGGACAUGGGGAAGAUGCUGGGGGGUGAGGAGGAGAAGGACCCUGAUGCGCAGAAGAAGGAGGAGGAGAGGCAGGAGGCCCUGCGCCAGCAGGAGGAGGAGCGGAAAGCCAAGCACGCCCGCAUGGAAGCUGAGCGGGAGAAGGUCCGGCAGCAGAUCCGCGACAAGUACGGGCUGAAGAAGAAGGAGGAGAAGGAGGCGGAGGAGAAAGCCGC